AUGCAGCGCGGCGAGUCAGUAUUCAACACUCUGGCCUUGAUCAAGCCCGACAUUGCGCAGGACGAGAAGGCUGUGUCCCACGUCAUCCGCCGAAUCACCGGACGGGGGUACCUGAUCAAGGACCGCGUGGAGAUCAAGCUGUCCAACGCCCAGGCUCGCGCCUUCUACGCUGAGCAUGCCGGCAAGCCUUUUUUCGACGGCCUGGUUGCCUUUAUGUCCAGUGGGCCCCUCGUCGCGCUGCUGAUCGAGGGAGACGACGUCAUUCGCGGCUGGCGCACGAUGAUUGGCCCUACCAGCCCUGCCGCCGCACGCCAGCUGGCCCCGCAGUCCAUCCGCGCCGUGCUGGGAGCCGACGGUCCACGGAACGCAGUCCACGGCAGCGAUUCUGCCGAGUCUGCACAGCGCGAGCUGAGUUUUUUCUUC